AUGCAGAUGAGCUGGCCAUACCCCCUGCGAAGUCCCCUUGAUCCUGAUGUCCCUGUUGAUGAAAAGGACUAUAAUAUGGUCGCCCCUUUGUUGCCGGAUGGUUCUAACUUUCCAUGCAAGAAUUACCAGAAUGACUCAGACGGUGCUUUGACCAAAGCAACCUAUAUGGCCGGCGGUACCUACGACAUGUGGUUGAAUGGGACAGUCGAGCACGACGGAGGAUCUUGUCAACUGUCUCUGUCUUACGACAACGGAGCUACUUUCAAAGUCAUCAAAUCCAUGAUUGGCGGAUGUCCCUUGACUCACAACUACAACUUUACGAUUCCGAGCUUUGCGCCUUCCUCCGACUCGGCGCUGCUUUCCUGGUCUUGGUUUAACCUCGUCGGAGAUCGUGAGAUGUACCAAAACUGUGCGAGGGUCCAAAUCAUUGGCGGAUCGAACGACAGGAGACGCUCUCCUUACCGACGACAGGCUUCUUUGAUGCAGGGCCUACCGAAUAUGUUCGUGUGCAACGUUGGUAACGGCUGUCAAACCAUCGAGCGGCAAGAAGUGGUCUUUCCAGAUCCUGGUGACGAUGUUGUCUAUGGCCAGGAUGCCAUCGUCCCCGAUCCAGGUCCGGGUUUUACCAUUGAGGACGAUGCUGUCGACACUUCCACGACAACCAGUGCAUCUAUCAAUUUGGACUUUCCCUCUUUGACAACAUCGUUGACUAGCCAGACUACUCCCCCUUCGUCGAUUUCAACGACAACCCCUGAUCCUGCGCCCACGACAUCUGCUGUUGGAAGUACAACCGCCGAUGCCACAGAAGCGCUAUUCCUCACGACUGCUUCCACCAGCCUGAACUCGACCUCAACCUCACUAGCUCCCUUUCCCUUGACGAACGUGUCAACAACUGCCGCGGCUUUUGCAACGGGAACGGGAGUCCUUUACGCCAAUAGUACAGGCAGCGUUAUCAACGAUGUUGCUGAUGCAACCACUUCGGCGAUUCUGAACACUACCUCCACGUCCCAAGCUCCCUUCGCUCUGACAAAUGUGUCCACGACUGCCGCGGCUUUUGCAACGGGAACGGGUGUCCUUUACGCCAAUAGCACUGGGGUCCUUUACGCCAACAGCACAGGGAGCGUUAUCAACGAUGGAUCGGCUGCAGCGUCGACUCCCUUCGCUCUGACAAAUGUGUCCACGACUGCCGCGGCUUUUGCAACGGGAACGGGUGUCCUUUACGCCAAUAGCACUGGGGUCCUUUACGCCAACAGCACAGGGAGCGUUAUCAACGAUGUUGCUGAUGCUACGACUACUUCCGCGACUCUAAACACUACCUCCACGUCCCUAGCUCCCUUCGCUCUGACAAAUGUGUCCACGACUGCCGCGGCUUUUGCAACGGGAACGGGUGUCCUUUACGCUAAUAGCACAGGGAGCGUGAUUAAUGAUGUUGCUGAUGCUACGACUACUUCCGCGACUUUAACCACUACCUCCACGUCCCUAGCUCCCUUCCCUCUGACAAACGUAUCCACGACUGCCGCGGCUUUUGCAACGGGAACUGCGGUCCUUUACUCCAACAGUACAGGAAGCACUGUUAACGAUCUUGCUGAUGCCACGACUACUUCCACGGCUCUGAACACCACCUCAACCUCUCUCCCUCUGUUGCCUUUGAGCAACAGCUCAACUAUUUCCUCCUCUCUUCUCCCCACAACGGGGGCCCUUUUCGCUAACGUUACAGGUAUUGUUGUAUAUAAUCUUGCUGACUCUUCGACUUCCUUGAUGACGACUACGAUCCCGACCACGACCCCGACGACUUUGACGACGACUUUGACGACGACCCGCACGACCCGCACGACAAGCAGUUUGUCGAGAUCCACAACGAGUGUGUCACAACCCACGACUUUUACGACUUUGGUACGCCUCGAUGACGUCGAGACCACUGCCACAACCACAACCUCAAUCCCAACCACCACUUCUACAACCUUAGUACGCUUCGACGAUGCCGACAUCACCACGGCCACUUCCGUGGCCACCACUUCUCCCACCCCUCCCGCCGGUCCCUGCGUCCCUGGGACAUUCAUAUGCAAUACGCCGUUCAGCUUCUCCCAGUGCGUCGGCAGCCCGACCGGCACAACGUACAUCUCCAUGGGCUCGGUGGCGGUUGGCACGACGUGUGUCGACGGGCAGAUCAUCCGCGAGAACGACGGGCCUUGCAAUCCCAGCGGCACGCUGUUCUGCAACGGUGAGAGGCAGUUCUACCUGUGCGACCAGGGCGGACUCGUCGACAUGGGCGCCGUCGCACCGGGCACGGUCUGUCAGAGCGGUGUCAUCGUCUCUGUGUGA